AUGGUUGGUAUCGUUGCCGGUGGUGGCCGUACCGACAAGCCUUUGCUCAAGGCUGGUCGUGCCAAGCACAAGUUCGCCGUCAAGCGCAACUCUUGGCCCAAGACUCGUGGUGUUGCCAUGAACCCCGUCGAUCACCCUCACGGUGGUGGUAACCACCAGCACAUCGGUAAGGCCUCGACCAUCUCCCGCUACGCCACCCAGGGUCAAAAGGCCGGUCUCAUUGCCGCCCGCAGAACCGGUCUGCUCCGCGGUACCCAGAAGACCAAGGAUUAA